AUGCCGCGCAGCAAUCCAAAAUAUGUCAAGAAAGAUAAAAGGAAGUCGUGGAAGAAAGAAGACAUGGAAACAGCAAUUACAGUGGUUCGAGAAAAAAAGAUGGGAACCUUAAAAGCGGCAAAAACUUUUAAUGUGCCUCGUACAACCCUACAAACUUUGAGUAAAAAACUUGACCUUACUCCAGCACAAGCAGUUUGUACUAAGCUUGGGCGAAAGCCUUACUUGGGUGAAGACUUGGAAAAAGAGUUAGUUUCCUACUUACUCAUAAUGGAGCAGAAGUUUUAUGGGUACACUAUCCGAGAUUUGCGCAGAAUGGCUUAUCAAAUUGCAAUUAGAAAUCAUCUUGAAACGCCAUUUAACCGUAACGAGGCCGGCAGAUCUUGGGUGGAUCUUUUUUUAAAUCGUCAUAAAGAGCACCUAUCUAUUCGGAAACCAUGUGGAACAUCUUUCUCAAGAGCUUUAGGCUUCAACAAAGAGAAUGUUCAGAGUUUUUUCAAUAUGCUCGAAGAGGCUUACGAAAAACACAAAUUUCCAGCUGAGAGAGUGUUUAAUGUUGACGAAACAGGACUUUCUAUUGUUCAAAGCAAAAUUCCUCAUGUCAUUGGUCGAAAAGGAAAAAAGCAAAUAGCAGCCUUGACUUCUGCAGAGAGAGGUUCUACCGUAACGAUAAUUGCAUGCAUGAGUGCUUCUGGAGUUUUCGUCCCUCCUCUAGUGAUCUUCCCAAGGACAAAUAUGACUCAAAUCCUAAUGAAAGGAUGCCCUCCAGGUUCAAUAGGGAGAGCUCACCCCUCAGGAUGGGUUCAAAGUAAUAUUUUUACAGACUGGUUUGCUCAUUUUAUUGAGAAAGUCUGUCCGACAGAAAACUCGCCAGUUCUGCUGAUUUUGGACGGACAUUACAGUCACGUCCGAAAUCCAGAUUUAAUUGACAUGGCCCGAAAGAGCUUCGUGACAAUAAUUUGUCUUCCACCGCACUCUACACAUAAACUGCAGCCGCUCGACAAGACAUUCAUGGGACCAUUAAAAGCUUUUUAUAGUGAGGAAGCUGAUCAGUCAAAGGUGGUAGGAUCUACAUCAUCUUCCCAUGCAUCAUUUUCUCAAUGCUGCUCUUCAAGCACUCCAAAGAAUCUACCUGGACCAUCGAAGCAAAUUAGCCCUUUUCAAAUUGCCCCAGUACCCAACAUCAAGAAAAAGGUCACAAAUCGUGGUCGCAAGUCUUCAAGUGCUUGUGUGAUCACAGAUACACCAUACAAAGAAGAGCUUUCGAAGAGCCUGGAAAAGUCUGCAGCGAACAUGAGCAAAAAAAAAUUGCUAUUUAACGAUUUUGAUGGCUCAAAAAAAAAGAGCAGCAAUAAGAUGACAAAAAGACCAAAAAUAAGCUCAAAACCGGAGUCAGAAUCUUCAGAUUCUGAUGGUGACUUACCCGACGACAGUUCGAGUGACAUUGAAAGGCCUAAUGGACAUUACCCAGACGAUGAGGAUGCAAGUUGCUUAUUUUGCAAUGGAAUGUUUUCAGAAGACACUAGAGGAGAAGUUUGGGUGAAGUGUUUUCAGUGUUUUAUGUGGGCACAUAGUGACUAUUAUCACUACGAAACAGAACCGAAGCUGAUCAAGAAUCUUCAGCAUCCCCAACGGAAAAAUAAUUUUUUGGCAGGGGCCUCGACAGCCAAGUUCUGUCUGAAAAGGACAAGGGCACUGGAAAGGAGUAGACUUAUCUGCAAGAAAAAACAAAAAAGCAGUCUUCUGGUGGGCCGGACGUGCAUUAAACGAGCAAGAGAUGGAGAAUAG